AUGAUCACCAAUGGCAUCUCCCUCCGGCCAUCCAAGCAAGAAGUCACCAUUCAAGGAUGCGAGAACGUGUAUUAUGGCUCCAGACAAGCAGGUGGGACCAUAGGCUCGGUCCGACGAACACAAACUACAGUCCUUCGUGCCCCAUCAUACUCCACCGUAAUUUGGCCAGGCCAGUACCUUGAAUUAGACCUUCCCGAUCACGUAGACCCAAAUUCUAUCCUUGCCCUAGUACCUCGUAAGGAUUGUUCCAGAUCAGACUGUGAGUGGCCAAGCCCCCAUAUUGUACAGGCAGUCGCAAGAAAGAUCCGUAUACCCAAUCAGACCCGGCGUAAACGUAUCCCUCGUCAUGACCAUCUGUUUCAGGUUUUUAAAACAGGAAUUCGAUUCCUUUCUGUUGUCGUUAAUUGCCAGGAAAAAAGACACUCUUUGACGCUCUCCCAUUUGAUGUAUGUCGUUUCUUGGUAUAUAAAGAUUCUGGUGGCAAUACCCUGCAACCCCACAAAUAUGGUUGUCAAUACCUGGGUAAACGGGGUCUCCAAUCAUGUGGUUGUCUGCGUCGUCUCACAUACAGUACGGCAGAUUCGCGGUACAUCGGAGAACUACGUUCCAUCUUUUCGGAAGUCGGACGCCAAGGAGAAUGGAACAGGUGGCUGUUACUAG